GUGUCAAUCGACCGGUGAAGACGUGUGUGGGUUAUUUUCCUUAAAGGGCCGUCUAGUGAAAGUGCUUUUCAACUUAUCUACUAUUAUCUCAAACGCUAGUGGCACCCGAAUCUAAAAUGGUGUACGUCGUCAAGGAUGCUGCAGACUUUGACAGCCGGCUGGAUGCCGCCGCCGACAAGCUGGUCGUGGUAGACUUUUUCGCCACCUGGUGCGGUCCAUGCAAGGUGAUUGCUCCCAAGCUGGAAGAGUUCCAGAACAAGUACGCCGACAAGCUCGUGAUCAUCAAGGUGGACGUGGACGAGUGCGAAGAUCUGGCCGCCAAGUACAACAUUUCCAGCAUGCCCACCUUCCUGUUCAUUAAGAACAAGAACGUAGUCGAUCAGUUCUCCGGAGCCAAUGCCGAUAAACUGGAGUCCUACUUCAAGAAGCACACCGGAGGAACUGGGUCCGACAGCACCGUUCCUAUUUAAAUUUAUUUAUUUAUCACAACGCGAGUAGCAGAUGUAUUACACACACACAUACACACAGAAUUGCCUUCUAGAUAACAAUUGCUAGGUAACAAUGAUCCAGUCCGGAGAGUAAUCUAAUUUGAUUCUAUUUUGUUUUCUAUUAGUUAACUGUAGCUUAAAGUUUGUUUGUUGAGAUUUAUAAAAAAAAAGCAUCAAGUGCAGUAAUCCACAUAGCCUACCGCUUAUCGAUACACGACCCAUUGCGUGUUUGUCAUCUCCGUGGGACACAUGAUUUGAUAGCAUGCGGCUAUCAUUGAUUUUAAUUGCAGGGGCACAAUUACACAUAGGCGACCGCUAGUCGGUGCAGUAGCAUUGUGCGGAAGAAAAACGCAUUACACUGAUCGGAGAUUGAUACCACAAAAUCGGAAGGGAAAUAAACUACAAUUCCGUGUUAAAA